ACUCUUCUGCAGCCACCAUGUCCCCAACGGAAACGCCAAAGGUCCAUGUGACCCUCUUCUGCAUCCUGGUGGGCAUCGGGCUGGCCUUUGCAGCUGUGGUGAGUGACCACUGGGCUGUGCUGAGCCCCCACAUGGAGCACCACAACACCACAUGCGAGGCGGCCCACUUUGGCCUGUGGCGGAUUUGCAUCAAGCGCAUCCCCCUGGGAGAAGACAAGAGCUGUGGACCCAUCACUCUGCCCGGGGAGAAGAACUGCUCCUACUUCCGGCAUUUUAACCCAGGCGAGAGUUCAGAGAUCUUCGAAUUCACAACGCAGAAAGAGUACAGCAUCUCAGCGGCUGCCAUCGCCAUCUUCAGCCUGGGCUUCAUCAUCAUGGGUGCCAUCUGCACGCUCCUGUCCUUCAGCAAGAAGCGGGAUUACCUGCUGCGGCCAGCAGCCAUGUUCUACGCCUUUGCAGGCCUCUGUAUCUUCGUGUCAGUGGAGGUCAUGCGGCAAUCCGUGAAGCGCAUGAUUGACAGCGAGGAGACUGUCUGGAUUCAGUACUACUACUCCUGGUCCUUCGCCUGCGCCUGCGCGGCCUUCGUCCUCCUCUUCCUUGGGGGCCUAGCCCUGCUGCUCUUCUCCCUUCCACGAAUGCCCCAGAACCCCUGGGAGUCCUGCAUGGAUGCUGAGCCAGAGCACUAGCCUCCUUGGG